AUGGAAGAUGAUCUUAUUGGGCAAGACAAAUAUGUAUCACCUGUUGAGAAAGCUUACCAUACAAAUACAAGGGAGAUUGGAGUAGAGUUGAGUGAUGAAUCCUCGAACUGGAACUCAGGAGCCAAGCAUGAAGCUGGAUAUGAUGCAUUCAUGACUGGAUGCAUUUUUGCACAGGCGUGCAAUCAUCUAGGCAUUGAUUUCACCCUCCAUGUGCUUGGUGGAGAUUUAGUGAAGGAGACAAAGCUUCAGAAUUAUAUCAAUCGCCUUUACCUUAGUUGGGUUGGUGGUAACGUCAUUGAUCUAAGUAGUGGGAAAUGUACACCAGACUCCUCAGCUUCUAGUAACCUCAAAAGUCGGUACCAGGAUAUCUCAUUUCCUAGCAUCAUUCUGUUGUGGGGAUUGCCAUCUAAACUAAAAGCAAAGGAGAUAAGAGCUUGUAUAGCACAAGCCUUUGGCCCAAAUUCUGUUUCCUCAGUCUACCAUUUGGAUGAAAGCGCUGUCUUUAUUCAGUUUAGCAAGCCAGAACUGGUUUCUAAGUUUCUAGAAUUGAAGGAAACUCUAAGUAGGAACAGUGAUCCAAUUUCCGUGUUGCAUCCUCUUUCAAAUAUUCUGAACGGAGAAAACACUCACGCAGCUACCUACGACGUAUAUCAACAAAUAUGCAGUUCAUCCAUCUCAAAGAAAUUAUUCGCAGAUCAAGCUGAAGCUGUUGGUAUCAGGCACAAAACAGUGUCAUCCAGGGCAGAACGAGGGAAAAAGGGAAACCAGGUAUUUGAUAAAGAAACAGAAGUUAGGAUGUUCGAUGAGAAAGCAAAUGAUCUGAUGAGUUCACCAUAUGGCUGCUCUGAAACAGAUCGAUCAGCAGAAUCUUUUUACCUAGAUGAAGCUCUGGCAAGCAAAUAG